CUGGCGCGCACUCCCCCCAUCAGACCCCACUCGCAGCCCUGUGUUGAGGGGCGACGUUAACUGCUCUGGGCGCCCUCGACCACGCGUGGCUGAGCCUCCCCCACCACUUGGAAGAGGCGGCGGCUACUUCUGCAUUUUUCCUCCGGCUCCUCGCCCCCGCUGCCCGCGGGGUGCCCGGCGGGCUGAUGAAGUUUGACCUUUUUUUUCCAUCAAAGUAUCUCCCCCACCACCAUGGUGCCCCGCGGCCCCUCCCUCCCUCCUUUCCCAGCCUUGGGGAGUCUUUUGAGCUGUCUCCCGAGCCCCGCGUGGGCCACGCAGCGUGCAGAGCCUGGGAGGGAGAAUGGGGGUGUUCCUCUAGCUGCGGAACUGUGGGGGGCGUACGUCCCAGGCGCCUGCCACGCUGCUCUGGCCCCAAAUUUACCCAUGAAGUUCGGCCCGACCCCCCUCCCCUUCGCUUCCCCGGAGCGGAGUGAGGGGCUGAACCGCCGCGAGAGGAAUGUGUUAAUUUUCUGGCUGGGGGAAGUUGUCCUCGCCCGGAAUGGGCUGCUUUCCGGCGGGGAGCGCGAGGUGCGCCUGGCUUUGUUUAUUUGUAGGAUCGACGGAAAACAUAGAGUUUCACCAUGUUGUCCAGGGUGGUGUCAAAACUCCUGAGCUCAAGCGAUCUGCCUGCCUCUGCUUCCCAAAGUGCUGAGAUUACAGAGUGAAGACAUUUCCACCUGGACACCUGACCAUGUGCCUGCCCUGAGCAGCGAGGCCCACCAGGCAUCUCUGUUGUGGGCAGCAGGGCCAGGUCCUGGUCUGUGGACCCUCGGCAGUUGGCAGGCUCCCUCUGCAGUGGGGUCUGGGCCUCGGCCCCACCAUGUCGAGCCUUGGCGGUGGCUCCCAGGAUGCCGGCGGCAGUAGCAGCAGCAGCACCAAUGGCAGCGGUGGCAGUGGCAGCAGUGGCCCAAAGGCAGGAGCAGCAGACAAGAGUGCAGUGGUGGCUGCCGCCGCACCAGCCUCAGUGGCAGAUGACACACCACCCCCCGAGCGUCGGAACAAGAGCGGUAUCAUCAGUGAGCCCCUCAACAAGAGCCUGCGCCGCUCCCGCCCGCUCUCCCACUACUCUUCUUUUGGCAGCAGUGGUGGCAGUGGCGGUGGCAGCAUGAUGGGCGGAGAGUCUGCUGACAAGGCCACUGCGGCUGCAGCCGCUGCCUCCCUGUUGGCCAAUGGGCACGACCUGGCGGCGGCCAUGGCGGUGGACAAAAGCAACCCUACCUCAAAGCACAAAAGUGGUGCUGUCGCCAGCCUGCUGAGCAAGGCAGAGCGGGCCACGGAGCUGGCAGCCGAGGGACAGCUGACACUGCAGCAGUUUGCGCAGUCCACGGAGAUGCUGAAGCGCGUGGUGCAGGAGCAUCUCCCGCUGAUGAGCGAGGCGGGUGCUGGCCUGCCUGACAUGGAGGCUGUGGCAGGUGCCGAAGCCCUCAAUGGCCAGUCCGACUUCCCCUACCUGGGCGCUUUCCCCAUCAACCCAGGCCUCUUCAUUAUGACCCCGGCAGGUGUGUUCCUGGCCGAGAGCGCGCUGCACAUGGCGGGCCUGGCUGAGUACCCCAUGCAGGGAGAGCUGGCCUCUGCCAUCAGCUCCGGCAAGAAGAAGCGGAAACGCUGCGGCAUGUGCGCGCCCUGCCGGCGGCGCAUCAACUGCGAGCAGUGCAGCAGUUGUAGGAACCGAAAGACUGGCCAUCAGAUUUGCAAAUUCAGAAAAUGUGAGGAACUCAAAAAGAAGCCUUCCGCUGCUCUGGAGAAGGUGAUGCUUCCGACGGGAGCCGCCUUCCGGUGGUUUCAGUGACGGCGGCGGAACCCAAAGCUGCCCUCUCCGUGCAAUGUCACUGCUCGUGUGGUCUCCAGCAAGGGAUUCGGGCGAAGACAAACGGAUGCACCCGUCUUUAGAACCAAAAAUAUUCUCUCACAGAUUUCAUUCCUGUUUUUAUAUAUAUAUUUUUUGUUGUCGUUUUAACAUCUCCACGUCCCUAGUAUAAAAAGAAAAAGAAAAAAAUUUAAACUGCUUUUUCGGAAGAACAACAACAAAAAAGAGGUAAAGACGAAUCUAAAGUACCGAGACUUCCUGGGCAAAGAAUGGACAAUCAGUUUCCUUCCUGUGUCGAUGUCGAUGUUGUCUGUGCAGGAGAUGCAGUUUUUGUGUAGAGAAUGUAAAUUUUCUGUAACCUUUUGAAAUCUAGUUACUAAUAAGCACUACUGUAAUUUAGCACAGUUUAACUCCACCCUCAUUUAAACUUCCUUUGAUUCUUUCCGACCAUGAAAUAGUGCAUAGUUUGCCUGGAGAAUCCACUCACGUUCAUAAAGAGAAUGUUGAUGGCGCCGUGUAGAAGCCGCUCUGUAUCCAUCCACGCGUGCAGAGCUGCCAGCAGGGAGCUCACAGAAGGGGAGGGAGCACCAGGCCAGCUGAGCUGCACCCACAGUCCCGAGACUGGGAUCCUCCACCCCAACAGUGAUUUUGGAAAAAAAAAUGAAAGUUCUGUUCGUUUAUCCAUUGCGAUCUGGGGAGCCCCAUCUCGAUAUUUCCAAUCCUGGCUACUUUUCUUAGAGAAAAUAAGUCCUUUUUUUCUGGCCUUGCUAAUGGCAACAGAAGAAAGGGCUUCUUUGCGUGGUCCCCUGCUGGUGGGGGUGGGUCCCCAGGGGGCCCCCUGCGGCCUGGGCCCCCCUGCCCACGGCCAGCUUCCUGCUGAUGAACAUGCUGUUUGUAUUGUUUUAGGAAACCAGGCUGUUUUGUGAAUAAAACGAAUGCAUGUUUGUGUCACGAA